AUGCAUUUAAGACUACUCCCUUUAGUGGUGUCUGUUUUCUCCUUUAUCAAUUACCUAUACCAAACACCAUUGACCCAGAUCCAUCUCCUCAAUGGAGAACUCAUAGUUGGAAAGGACUCAAAACAGCAGCUUUUGGGUGUCGACAUUAUAGAAGAUGAGUUGAAAUGGAGAAUCAGUAACACCAUUACAGAAAAUCACCAAUUGUUAUUCACUAAUAGUAUAGUUUAUGGAUAUAGAGAGGAUGUGCAGGAGAUUAUUCAAAUUGAUGUAAAUGGGAGUACCUCCGUAUAUGAUGUUGAGUUCUACCCGAAACAACUCUUUGGCUGUUAUGGAGGAGUAGUUGCGUGGGAUGGCAACACCGUCUACUAUAUAAACAAUAGAACCCAUAUAAUCCAAUCAGAUGUGGAACACGUACUAGUGGACAACCAUAGAGGAGAAAUCCUCAUCCUCAUGAGCAAUAAACACAACCAUAAAUAUAAUCUUCACAAAGUAUUUAGUAAUCAGCAGCUAGGCUUGGUAACUUCUUCUAUUAAACAGUUCAAGUCUGGGAUAGUGGUCACUGAGAAUGACCAGGUGUUCAAGCUUGAUAAGAAAGGGUUUACUAGAGUUGAGAAUGAUGAGUUUAGUAAUUUGGUUGUGGUCAAUGAGAAUUAUCUACUCUCUAAUGAAAGAUUACUUCAUAUUGGAAAGAGUGUAAAGUUGGUGAUCAGUUUAGGGGACGGCCGUUUACUUUCCACUCCACUAAACACGUUUUUGGUCACCUCCACAGUAGUAUUCGACUUGACUGAUUUUUUGCACACCCAUAACACCAAUAGUAUUAGGAAGAUCACACUAGACACAAACUCAAAUGCGUACCCAUUUGAGUUUAUUGUGAAGGGAGAGCAAUUAUGUCUCUUGCGUCUUGGGGCAGACCUUAGAGGAGAGAUGUUUAGUUAUGAUGGGACGAGGAAAAGUGUAGGCCCUACACGGCCACAACUAUCAAGUAGUCAAUACCUUCUUGUCGAUAAGCCAAAGCACCACCACCAAAUCUCUAGUGGUGCCUCAAACAGAGCGUUUAGGCAUAUUCAAGAGCUAGCUUCGCUAGCUCAUGGAUGGCAUGGAAAGUUUAGUCGGGCUCCCGACUUUUCCAAGAUGAUUGUGAUGUAUGAUUCUAGGAUGUUGGGAAUUAGCACUGAGGGGGAGGUGGUAUGGGAGGCGCCGGUUGAAGGAGAGUUUCUCUGUGAAAGACAAGUAGGAGAUAAGAUUGUGUCUCUUUUCAAGGAUUAUGUUUACGAGAUGGACUUUGAGGGGAUGAAGAGAGCAUUAGAGGAGGAUGUGUUUUUUAGAAAGGUCACUGAAAGUGACCUUUCAGGCCAUAUGAUUCCAAAGGGGUCUCUAAAGUCUAUCAAGACAUGGACGUUUGAUGUGAAUGAGAAAAUAGUGGCAGUAUCCAACACAACAGAGAACAAUAUGAUAUCUUUUCUCACAUAUGAGGACCAGUUAAAGUUGUAUGUGAUUGAUGGGAUUAGUGGGGAGUUGCUACACACACAUACCCAUGGGGAGGAUAUUGAUCCAGAUUCUAUAAAUCUUUUGCAGGAUGAUAGGAUAGUGUACACGUACUUUACAAAACCAGCAGAGCAGAGGAUUGUCAUAAUUAACAUCGAAGAAGAAAAGCAAAGUUUUUCUUCUUCUUCAUUUAUUUACCCUGAGAGGAUCCUCCUUAUCCAGUCUACACAGACAAACUGGGGAAUUACGUUAAAGUCUGUGAUUGCGUUUACAGAGCUGGGUGCAUUGGUCCAAAUACCAUUAAACCAAGAGCAUCCUAUUGUGAGAGCUCUUCCUAUAAAUGGCCCGUACCAGCUCAACUAUGACCCUUCCAAUGUUGGUGUGAUUUUGACUGCUCCCUCUCCAUAUGAGAGCACAUGUGUAAGGGACGUUAAGAAAGCCAUACCUGAUCCAAAAGAACCCUCACCUCAAACCAAUACUGAGUUGCCUCAAACGGACUUAUCUCAAUUUGUACUUCAAUAUGCCAAAGACAAAUUGCCAGCAAAGGUUCUUAAUCAUUCAUUAAGGGUCUUUUUGUACAGUAGGGCCAUAAUCAAAGACCAUUUCCCAGAAUGGGACCUUGAUCCUGAGAUUAUCCUUGUUACCAGUUUAUUGCAUGACAUUGGUACUACAAAAGAGAAUAUGCACAAUACCAAGAUGUCAUUUGAGUUUUACGGUGGUUUGUUAUCACGCGAGUUGGUUUUAGAGCAAACAAGAGAUAAGGAUUAUGCAGACGCGGUAAGCGAAGCGAUAAUCAGACACCAGGAUUUGGGAGAAUCAGGUUUUAUUACCAGAUUGGGAUUGAUUCUACAAGUAGCUACAAUUUUAGACAAUGUUGGCUUAAACACUCAUUUGAUCCAUAAAGACUCAUUGGAUGCUGCUAAUAAGAAGUACCCUCGUGAUGGUUGGUUAAAUUGUUUUGCAGAGGCUAUUGAUAAUGAGAACAAGUUGAAACCAUGGGGUCACACUAGUGCCUUGGGUGUGGAAGAGUUUAGGAACAAUGUUUUGAAUAAUAAGGUAAAGUAUGAGAAGUUAUAA